AUGACGGGCCGAUGGCCAAUUGGAACACGCACAGCUGCAGCCGUUCCCAUGGCAAUAUCUGCCAUCAUGAACGAUUCCAGCCUUUUACCUGGAUACAACAUCUCGUUCAGGAUUGAAGAUAGCUCGUGCGAACCUGAGCAGGGCUUGCGAGCAAUUGUGGGAUUUCAAUCAGUUGAUGUCUUCAUUGGACCUGCGUGCUCCGUUGUCGCCGAACCAGCAGCUCUUCUCGCCAAGAUAUGGAAGAAACCCAUCAUCACAUACGCCGCUUCUUCCAAUAAGUUCAUCGACAAAAACGUUUACAGUACACUCGCCACCAUUACGGCUUACGCAAGACGCAGCGAAAGAUAUACACCGGGGUUUGUUCUUCAGAUUCUAAAGGCGUUUAAAUGGACAAUUCUUGCCAUUUUGAGCUCGUCUGAGGUUGAAUGGAAGACCAUGGCUGGUAAGAUACGAAGUGUGGUAGAAAGCGAUUCAAUAAAGGUUUCGUUGUUCGAAACUUACGAUAAUAAGAGCCCAGGGUUUGAAACAAUUUUGACGAAAGGGAAAGAUGUGACAAGAGGUAAGUUGACGAAUUAGCUUAGGAGUGUAAGAGAUACCUGGAGGAGACUUCUUUUUUUAUUUUUAAAGAGAUUUAACACCGUGUUUACGUGAAACGUGAACAGCGAGAGUGACCACGUUACCUCGAUUUUCCCGCCUUUUUUCGGGUUUAUCGGUUGCGCUUUGCCGUCUCCAUGUGAAAGUAAGCCGUUUCACGUUUGCCUUGUAGGACUAGGAUUUUUCUCCAUAAUUUUUCUCACAGAGUAAAUGUUAGUUCCCGGAAGAAAGUGUUCCUUUAAGUGAUACAAUGGCAGGUGAAGUUUCAUGUUUGAAAUCAUUCAAAUGACGCACUUUUCGUCCGCAGAUAGCUAGCUGCAAGAACUCACAUUCACUCAUGAGAUGUCUUCAUCGAAACUCGAAGAGACGUGAGCUCACGCGUAGCUAAAGCAAUGAGGUUCACGCUAGUUUGCGUGAAACGUGAAAAGACAGGCUAACGUUUGCCGUUUCACGUGAACACGGCACCAAAUCUCUUUAUUAUUUCAAACCAUACCUCUUUGUAACACAACCUCUCUUUUCCAUUAUCAUUGAGAGGGUGGUCAUAGAAAAUCAUAGUAUCGCUGUAUUUAGUGUUUGCUCUCUGUAACAUGACAAGACCAUUACCCAUGUUGAGCGACUGCCCAAAUUGUGGAGCUUUCACCCCAACAUCUUUCAAACUGUUUUUUAACUGUGCAGUUAUGAGUCCUUUCAAAAUUGACUAGAAGGCAACAAACAGAAGCCUUCGCAACACAACAAUAAACUCAGAAAAUUGACCUUGAGCACCUGACCUAUUUCGAGAGGGUUUAUUGUGCCUCGACCAAUCACACUGGAGAUCAGGCCCCGGUUGUUCGAGGGUCAGAUAACGCUAUCCUCUGGAUAAAUCUCCAUACGGUCGAUAAAGCUGUAUGUUUUGCCACUACUUAUCCGCUGGAUAGCGAUUUAUCCGUUGAAUAGCGUUAUCCGCCCUUUAUACAACUGGGCCCAGGAUAACCGAGAAUAUAAACAAAAUCACAAACCUUUUUUGCCUAUGCUUAUUGUUUCAUUUUAUCAAGUCUGGUCGGCUUGUUCUACUCGACACGACAUUCCAGAAAUAUUGCCUUUGUACGCGCUUUUCAGAGUUUCAAUCCUCUUUUUAAUUUGUUUACUUUAUUAUCGAAUGUAUGAAUUUCUCUAAUUUUGUUGUUGUUGGUUUUUUUAUUCGUUUGGUUUUCUCCCAUGCCGUCAGUUUUCCUUAUACUAUGUUAUAUAAACGAAGUUGUAUCCAUCAUGGAAACCGCUGAACGUUUGGGUAUGACGAAUGGAGAAUACGCCUUUAUAACAUUAGACCUAAAUACAGACGUAUUUUACAAAAACGGCAAGUGGACUGGAAACGAGGAAUGGGGCUCCAAGUUUCCAAAUAUAUUGAACGGCAUUAUUGAUCUCAGUGUUUAUCGACCUGAGAUAUCCAUGGAGUUCAAACAGAAAUAUAGGGACAUGGAAAAUAAGCUGGAAGCUUCCAUUAAAGCAAAGUUAUAUAACGAGGUAAUCUAUUUUCUCUGCACUUUUGUUGCAUGUUCGCCUUGACAACUCGGGAAAUGCAAACAAUUCUUGAUGAGAAAGUGACAAUUGACAAACUGCUAAAACAAUAUGAUCGACUGGCUGACCAACCGACUAGCCGGCUGACCAAAUGACCAACUAGCCGAAGGGACCACUUAUUAUCCCACUGAAUGACUAAGAGACUGACAGAAAAACUGUUAGCUAAAUGAUUGACUGACUGACUAGCCGACGAGACCACUUAUUUUCCGACCGACUAACUGCUAGCUCAAUGACUAACCAAUUGACUGACUGUCUGACAAACUGAUUGAAUGACUGACUGACCAUCUGACUGUUUGACUGACUGGCUGACUGACGGACUACUCGACUGACUGAUUGACUGACUGGCUGACAAGACCAUUAAAUACCUGUCCGACCGAAUAAUGGACAGCCAGUCAAAGGCAUCCAAAGGCUCACCUCUCCUUACUAAAAUAUGUUUUUGGACAUAUUGGUUUCCAGACCUCUUGGUACGCAUCCUUCGUACAUGAUUCCGUCCGUCUUUUCUGUUUGGCUGUGAACGACACAAUAUCACGUGGGUAUGAAAUCACCAACACUUCAGAAGUUCUCAUGCACAUGUUCAACAGACGUUUCCAAGGUAACCCCUUUCUUACCUCACUCACUCAUUACGUUCCCAUGACAUCACUCCUCAUUACGUUCCUAUGACAUCACUCCUCAUUACGUUCCUAUGACAUCACUCCUCAUUACGUUCCUAUGACAUCACUCCUCAUUAAGUUCCUAUGACAUCACUCCUCAUUACGUUCCUAUGACAUCACUCCUCAUUACGUUCCUAUGACAUCACUCCUAAUACAGAUAAAUAAAUUAUACUCAAGAAUCAAAGAGAGUCGCCGGCAAACUUUCAUGAAUACAGCAUUAAGGAAGUCGGUAAUGAAAUUUCUUGAAAAUUCUAAGGAACUUUAAAAAAAUUAUUAUGAGUCCUAACAAUCAAUUCUAAAGAUAACACUAACGCCAUCAGGAACGUUGUUAAGCAAAAAAGCUAUCUAAUCGUCGUCUUGUGUUGUUAUUUCUCCAAAAGUAAGCAUUAGUUUCUCCUGUCCUAGCUCUAGAUGUUUUCCAAUUCCUUUUACCCUUUUAUUUGAUUUUUUCUAUAUUUCUCUCCGCUUUAUGGUUCAUAUUUUAAUGUUUCAAACUUUACGUUUGGCAAUUCAGGAGAAUCUGGUCACAUUUUUAUGGAAAAUGGAACCCGAAUACCAGAGUUUGUCGUUGGAAAUUUUCGGAAUGGCUCGUACAAGUUCGUCGACGACAAAACUGAUCUACUGCAAAAUGGCACAGGGUCAGUGUAUCAUAAAAUACGGCUUCUUCAUCAGCCCGACAUAAGAUGGCCAGGUGGAUCAAGCACAGUUCCUGUUAGUAAUCCAGUCUGCGGUUUCACCGGAAAAGAUUGUCAUCAGGAAGAGGAGGACGCAGGUGAGAAACAACUGAUCUUCUUUAUGUCUUAUACAUUGCGUGCAAUGCCGGAAGAACAUAUCAACAAUUACGCUUAAGCAACAGCAUCUAACCUUUUUGAGUUUUUUUUUUCUUUAUUACCAAAAAAAAUAACAUCUAUGUUAGCAUACAGAGAGUGGUAUGUUGCUCGCACCAAUCAGAUCGUUUAGGGUAUGUAUCUCGCACCAAUCAGACCGCAGCAGUAGGGUAUGUAUCUCGCACCAAUCAGAGCGUCGUUUCUGUUCUUUGGUUUGAGAGGUGUUCAAAUUUUAACGAAGCAAUGGGGGAUUCGGAGAGAGCAAUUCGUAAAAUCAUCUUUUAGAAUGAGAAAUGUUGGCUUUUCUGUGUUUUUAACGUGUAUUUUACCGCGCUUUAUGAGAAAUGCGAUACUACUGGACAGAUGAAAGAUAUCAGAUUACCUAUACUAAACGUGUUACUCAUGCUGUAAAAAUGAUCGAUAGUUGUUCGAGAGAAAAUGGAGUUCUGUGCACUGUAGCGCGAUCAUGGUUAUUGUUCCUUCACGAAGAGAGUGGGUGGAAAAUUUUGAAUUAAAUAUUGCUUGAGGUGUUGAAGAAUUGCACCAAACAUUUUGAUUUGAGCAGUUCUUUAACGGCAAGUUGUGUUGGAAGAUUCAUGAUUUCUUGAGUGUGCCAAUUAUAUUCUUUUGGAUUCGUUUGCUCGGUGCUAUCUCUAGAUGAAUGUCUUAUUAAAAUUAACUAUGGACGAUUUUAAGUAUGUUUUCGAUGACUGGAGAAAGUGAUCUUGUGAAGUCGUUUGUGUUUGACCAACUACGAAUUCAGAUACCAUCGUAAGCAUGUUUAUUUGAUUUUGUUAUCUGGAAUGAAUAAUUUACGGAGGUAAGUUAAUAUGAUGUGACCUACUAACGUCGAAAAUAUGUAUUAAGUCGAAACAACAGUUUUGGUCUCGGUCCGCAUAUUUGUCAACAAAAUAAACACACCGCUUAAAAAGACGAUAAUACGGACCACGUGCAAAGCUGUCAAUUGUUUCUCGAAUGUUGCACAGGUUAAAUAUUGAAUAGCGACAUCACAUUUGCAUCUCCAUCUACAUCUACUUUUGUUACGUUGGUAAAAUCUGUGCAGACAUCGCACCAACCAACUCGCGCGCAAAGUGAGAAGGCUAUAUGAAGGCUUAAAAUUAUAUUACGAUCGAUUUUGAUCAAGAAAUGGGCCAGGAAUAUUUCACAAUAGUGCAAAUAAUCGUGAAAGCUGAUCGCGGAAAAGCGAUUGCAUGACGCUCGGUAAGUUGUAAGAUGACAUGUUAUCACAUACCAGACGAAAAAACUCUUUAGAUUCUCAGUCUGCAUUUUGUACCCACUCUGCAGUCUGCAGUCUACAUUUUGUACCCAGUCUACAUUUUGUAUCCGGUGUGCAGUUUGCAGUCUGCAUUUUGUACUAACAGGUAUCCGUAGCGCCAAUACGGUACUUUUGGCUACACCUAUAUGGCACAACACACACAAUCUACCACAAAAUACCUGUGUGUGAGUUAAUUCGACAUUUUCCUUUUUUCCGCGUUAAUAAUCUUCUUUCCUUUUGUAAGAAUGUAGACAUCACUUACAGUGUUUCAAGUAAUCCAUCCACUACCAAAAAAAUAACUCUUGCAUGCAUAGCAUGCCUAUGUUUCCAUUUGGUUACCACUUGUUAAGAAUUCAGAUCCUUCAUUCACCAUAGGUAAUGUUCGAAGUUAUGAGUUCUAUCUUAAUUGUUUCUUUCAGACCAUCUCAGCAUUGUCCUUGGAGUAUUAGGAGGAUUUCUUCUGCUAACAUCAAUCCUUGUUGUCUUGAUAUAUGCUAAAAGGCGAACAGAUGAACGAGAAGAUGUUUGCAAAAAGUGGAUCAUAAACUAUAAGGAUAUAACUCCAUCGGAUGAUCACGACGAUAACUACAUGAUGCACUGCAGCUUCAAUCAGGUGAGUUAUUUUCCUGCGUCUUACGAGGAAACUCAAGACCAGGUUUUAAUUUUCUACUUUUUCAGAUAAAAUAUGUUUUACCCUCAAGUUUCAUUUUUAUUUUAAAUGGGUCUUGUGCUUAAGUUUCUAUCCCCUUACAUUUAGUAAAAGGCUACAUUCUCCAUAAAAUAUAAAACUGGGAUCGUAGGAUCGAUCCAUUGGCGGUGCUUGUUGGAAUGAAGUAAAGUUAUCAAUUAAAACAAAUUUCGCUCCGACGAAGGGCUAACGCUCGAAACGCAGCUUUAAAAACUCUUUACGGUGACCAAUUUACUUUAUCAACUCAGUUGAUAAAAGCAAGUUAUGUUGCAAUACCACUCACCGACGCGGCAGCACCACAGUUUCUUGGGAAAUGUACCCCCUUUGUUAAUUUGAAAUGCUUGGGUACAACAUGGCCUGAGUUAUUUAAUGUCUGAACAGAACUUUAUAUAAUCUGCUUUUACACUUGUUAUUAAUCGUUUCAGCUCAACUGUCAAGGAUCAACAACAAGCAUUCUCCCCGCGUCUUCUUCUGCCCUGGGACUUGUGAAUGGUUGUCUAUAUCAACAAAGAAAGAUUUCUAAAGGAAUUUUUCGGGUAAGACGAUGUUAAUUAGUCAGAUUACGUUCCCAUUUCUCUUUGAUUGACUGAACUUAAACGACAAGGACGAGACGCUUUUUUUUCACGAUGACGACGACGACAGUGGCGACCAUAAUACCGGGGAAGACACCGAGGGAAAAUGAUAGCCAUGAUGAACAAUUUUCAAUGAGGACUAGCAAGGAGCGGGCAAAGACAAGAUAUGACGUGCACGAAGAAGACUGAUGAGGAGCGACGACAACAGACGAUGAAAACGAGGGAUAACGACUAAGACGAGAGCUGAUACGGACUGAAAAACACGACAACGAUCGUUAAGGACGGACAAGAACGCUGAAGAUGAAAACAAAGAUGAAAACGAUGAUGGUAGUAAUGGUUUUCAGGAUGAAAACGCUUCAGAAAAUUUGCACUAGCUAAUGUUUGUUACUACAGACACGAAGACUAUAGAGUUUACUUGAUUAUAGCUGUUGCAUUUAUUUUGGGGAAACCUUGGUCAAAUUUAGUUCUGAAUGACCGCUGAACCCAUCAGAAGCCUGAAGAGAUUAGUUUUGCUGAGACUGAGCUUAUCAAUUUUAAAGGGUAAGGUGGUGUUGAUAAAGGUGGCUCGAGAAGGAACAUCUCAUCUCACGGAAAGUAUGAAAGCACAAAUACGACAGGUAAGCAAUCAUGCCAUGUUAUGGUUUGUUCUUUUUACAGCACUGCUGUAACUUACAAACAGAUUCGGCAUCUCAAGAAACUCAACAUAUAACAAAAAAAUAUUUACUAAGUUGGGUGGUGAAAAAUGACGGUGCAUAACAACCGCUCCUACGGACAGGUGUGAAAUCAACAAACAACACGGAAACCAGUUUACCGAAAAAUGGUCGGAAAUUCUCGACGCGAGAUUCUGUCUCUCCGGCCGUUCGGUGGUAAAUAUUACAUGCUAAUCAGUUCCGAACGAACGCUCAUGCGAAAAUCACUACUCGUCUGUGUGGCUAUACUAAAUACAUUUAUCUCUCUCUCUCUCUUCUGCGUAGGCUUGUGAGAUUCGACAUGUCAACCUUAAUCCGUACGUAGGCCUGUGCGCUGAGUUCCCGGAUGUUUAUAUCGUAUCUGAAUAUUGUGCUAAAGGAAGCUUACAGGUGAAAAAGAGGCGGUUUAUAAUAUGGACGUUAUCCAAGAUAUUUACACAUAUGACUGUUUGAUAGACAAUCUGAAGGAAAACAGACUUGACAUCAGAGAGAACCUCCGUAAUCAGAAAACACACACAGAUAUGAACCUUAUGCUGAGUAAGGGGCCGAAAGUUUUGAGCAAAUGAAGCACUUGAAACAGUGACGAUUCUGAAACAUAAAAAAUCGAUAAAGGCUCAACAAGAAAUUUAGAAUAACUUUCGUAAUCAUAACUACACAACACUACUUUUGCGAUGUAGCAUUUAUGAUAUAUAAAAUGCAGGAAUUUAUGCAAUUAAGUUGAUGACAUACUGAAGUAACUCAAAAAUAGGUUAACUUUAAGUACUAAAACACGAGCUCAAUAAAUAAAUCAACUAGUUUAUUUAAGCUCUUUGUAUAUUAUCCCUUUUAAGGACAUUUUACGGAAUGAUGAUUUUAAGCUGGACUGGACGUUCAGGAUGUCAUUUGCCCUAGACAUUGCUCGGGUAAGUUUGUUUGUUUUGGUUUGUUUUUUUUUUGUUUGUUUUUGAGAAUAUGAAAAUAAUAUUCUGAUGUUGGAUCCCGUUUCAUGUUGAGGAAUUCACACUUCGAAGAGACUUUAGUUUAGAGAAAUACUCAGUUUCAAUUCCCUCUCAGGAUAACUCAAAUAGCAAACUCUGCAUUGCUCACUGAAGAAGUUCGUUAACCGGUUCAUAGCCUCGCUUGAGGGCCACUAUGAAGGGACGGAUGACGAGUUAGGCUGUUAUAUCAUACGCGAGUGAUAUAUGGCAAUCGUUCCUCCUUGCUGUGAGGAAAAGAAACGGUGGCUACUACCUCCUUGUCAAAUUCACUCAUUGCUAUACGGAUUUGGUAUGAAAAUAGGGUUUGAUGUUUUGAGUCAGGUUUUGAAUGGGCUAGGAAUAUUGCACAUUUUGGAAGUAUCCCUCACAGUAGAUGCAAAUCAUCCUGGUUAAUGUCUUGUCGCAUGUGUAACCCGCGGUAUGCAUUAGUCUCACAACCAGAGCCAGACCACAAGUGUACACCCAAGUCCAAAAGUUGGGUCAGUAUCAUGUCAAAAGGCUUUUAAUGGUAUAGAGUGAUAGCCUGCGUCUGUCCCCCAAGAAAUUGUUUGUGUGCGAAAUAAAUUAGCAUUUUUAUCGUUUUCAAAAAUUUACAGGGAAUGGAAGAAUUACACAAGACGUCGAUAGGCUGCCAUGGCAACUUAAAGUCCACUAAUGUAUUGGUUGACAGCUACUGGAUUUGUAAGGUGGCUGACUACGGUCUACAAAGCUUUCAAGAAAACAGAUUGCACACAGAGGAGACCUUACGAGCACAAACUGGUAAUAACAAUUAAAACAAACACAGAUCAGUAACUGUACAGCUUGAUGAGGUAAAAACUAGAAUUAAUUUAUUCCUUUCAGAGUAACAUAUUCAACAAUUUUUUUUUUACUUGGAGCGCUUUUUGGUUGGUAGUAAAACCAGAACCUUGCCUUCUCCCCGCCCCUAGCUCCCUUAAAGAAAUCACAAAAACAAAUCAGAGGAAAGAAAAGAAAAUACAGAUUUAUUUCGACACUCUCUUGAAAAUCGCUGGGUAGUAUGUAUGCAAUUCUUAAGAAUCGUUUGUUUUGCACAGCUCUUUUUUGGACUGCACCGGAGCGUCUGCGCACAAACACUAGCAAUACAUCACCAGGGGACGUGUACAGUUAUGGCAUCAUUUUGCAGGAAAUUGCACUCAGAGAGAAACCAUUUUCCACAUCUCUUCUUAGCCCAAAGGGUCAGUAUGUUGGGAAACGAAAGUACUUCUUCUCCUAUAUCGUCAUGUCUUGUUUCCUUAAAAUUUCUAAUCCAAUUUGUCUUCUCUAAAUGAUCCUCACUGUGCUUUCUUUUUUCUCCACUGCUUUUCAAAAUAGAAAUUUUAUACUACGUACGGAAGGGCAUCACGCCACAUUGUCGGCCUCAAGUCCCUCCAGACAGCGCUCCAGCUUCGUACAUGGACCUUAUGAAAAUGUGCUGGGAUGAGCGGCCUGAAAGAAGACCCACUUUUUGUGGUGUCCUUAAAAUUCUUAAGAGAAUCAACAAUGGAAAGUGAGUUUUUUAAAUUGAUAUUCUUCCAUUUUCUAUAACAUUGGACACGUUUCCAAGAGAGCGUUGUCUGUUUAAGCAAUAGAUUCCGUUUUGCCGUGCUUCUUUUCAGUAAUAGACCACAGUUGACGGGAAAAUGUGGUCAAUAAAAACAAAAAAAGUGGCACACGAGGCGGCUUAGCUAACCAAGGAACUAGUUCAUUACCUGGGUCCAGUUGUAUAAAGGGCGAAUAUCGCUAUCCAGCGGAUAAGUAACAGCAAAAAGAAUGGCGUUAUCCACCGGAUAGAGAUUUAUCCAGUGGAUAGCGUUAUCCGAUCUUCGAACAACCGGGGUCAGGUUGAUAAGUCUAUUUAUUUUCUCUUUUUCCGUUGCUCUCCAUAAUUGCAAGGACAACCAGCGUCGUUGACAAUAUGUUGUCCAUGAUGGAAAAGUACACAAACAACUUGGAGGCCAUUGUGAAUGAACGGACGAAACAACUACAGAGUGAGAAAACCAAAACAGACGAGCUUCUUCACAAGAUGCUUCCGAGGUAUAAUGAUAAAUAGGUUUAUACGUAUAAUUGAAUGAGAGAAAGACAAAAUGGCGAUCUUACCUUAACAAGAUACUCUUCUUGGAAGGCGAGAAAGCUCCAUCACCCGUCAAGUAAACUUUUUUCUUUCAGUCGAAACCGCCAUUUUUUAACUGAAGAAUCCACGAAAUACUACUUUCAAAGAUAACAAUUUGUGUCCUCAACUACCCUUCAAAUGGUGCAAGUCCGACCACAAGCUCCCUUUAAAGGGGUAGUACUUUGUUGUGUGAAACGCAGUUUAAAGUACCCUCACUUACUGAACAAAGUACAAUUCCCUGUCCUCUUUCGUCUAACUCAGGAGCAUUGCAGAUCAUCUCAAAGCAGGAAUUGAAGUGAAAGCUGAACACUACGAUAGCGUCACCGUAUUUUACAGUGAUAUUGUCGAGUUCUCGAACAUAACGUCGCACAGCUCCCCAAUACAGGUUUGUAUUCAAUCAGUUACUUUUGUAUCUUCUUUUUUCUUUAAUCAAAUCUCAUAUAUCGGCUCAGAAUCUAUUAGCCAACUUUUGCAAGCUCUCUGUUUUCUGGAGUAACUUAGCAAGUUUGCAACUUUUCUCUGCAAAUCCGUACAUGGGAUAUUUUCUUCAGUAAUUUGACGUACUUUUGAGACCGAAGAAACCUCAAUUUUGUAGUCAGUUGUAAACUGUAGUGUGUAGCUUUUUAUUUAAGCUUUAGAUGAAUUUUUCCUUGUUUACAUAACCCCAUCUUAACACGAGGGAGAUGUGAGAAUUCGAUAAAGCUAUGCAUACCAGAGGCGCAAUCAAGGAUAUGCGUAAUUUUCACAUAACUUUCUCACUUGUUUGUGUUUUCGAACCUCGGAAGUUGAGACCCCACCUGUGCCCUAUCCAAGAUAGUGACACAAAAGACCUUACAAUAAACAAUCUGAAGUAGAAAAUGCUUAAAAGUAGAGAGAAUCUCCGAUAUUAGAAAACGCAAAAAAAAAAUAAAACUUAAGCUGAUAAGAGGUCCAAAAGUUUUGAGCAAAUAAAACAUUUGAAAAAGUGACGAUAAUAGAACUGGCUUAAAGAACCUAAAAUAAAACUCGAAAUCAAAACGACCCAAACAACACAACAAUGAAAACAUAAAAUGGACGGAGUACUUGCCUUCAACACAGCCCAUUCGCUUGGUUUUCCAGCUACCUAAAUGAAAAACUUUCCGAAAUAAAGAAAAUGAUGCAAGAUUUAUGGAAACUAUUGAUGCGUUACGAUUGAAUUUCGCGAAAGCAGUCCAAAACAACUACAAGCAUCAACUAGAACAGAAGAAAUUUCAUGAGGAAGCCGUUAAGAACUCAUAGCAAAAUCUAAAAAACUUCUCAGAAAAGAGAGAACACACGCGGCCAAGUUAUGCACCUGCUGUUAGGUGAGAGGGUUAUGCGAGUUUUCCAGCAUGGCCUUUGCAGAGCGAAAUAAAAUAAAUGCAAUGCUGGAUUGCUCAAGACCCUCAAUUCAAAUUUUCUGCAAACGACACCAAUAUUCCGACGGCCGAGAUACGGACCGAAGGAGGAUCGUCGCUUAGGGUGUCAUAUUAAGAAAACGUCAUAAGAUCCUUGGGGUAGUGGUGACGGGAGGAACGCCAACAGCAUGUCCAUGUCGCCCAAAUGAGAUCGAUGAUUUGACUGACUUUUUCUUGCAGGUAAUAACUCUUCUUAACGACCUGCACUCUCUAUAUGACACAGUGAUGACACGAUACGAUGUUUACAAGGUAACGUUAAAUUCGAUUAGAAUAGCUCUAAAGAAUUAAGGAUCUGAUAAAGUUGCUCAAAGGGACCAGUUUGUCUCCAAUAAUUUGUGCGCCUCUCGUCUCUCUGUACGUCUGUUAUUUCUUCUGUCAGUGUGUCUGUCUACCUGUUUGUGUACAUUUUUAUAUAAGAAAAAGGAUUCCCCUUUGCGACAUGUGUGAGUUAAAAUAAAACAAUUCUGAGUCUCGGCCCAUAAGGACCUGGAUCCAGCUAUACUCUACAGCUGAGCCCAAGAGAAUCAAAGCCUCUCAGUCUAACCAUUUCAUUUCCCUUUUUUCCCCUCCUUCCGUUAACCUAGUGUGUAUGUGUGUAUGUCUUGAUAAAUUUUGAUGAACUUGUCCGCAUCUCUCUCCAUAAGUUUCUCUCAGUCCAUUUCAGUCGUUUCUGUCUAGACAUCUCGGUCGCUCCUGUUGUCUGUCUGUUUGUCUGUCUGUGUGUCUAUCGACUGUCUGACUGACCGUCUGUCUGUCUGUCUGUUAGUGUAUAUAACCUCCCGUUCUCCAGCUGAUUACGUGCAUGGUUUCCUCUCUCAUUUUCAGUUAUGCUUAUUUACACAGGUAGAGACAAGCAGCGACUCGUGUAUGGUUGUGUCUGGGCUUCCAGAGAGGAAUGGAAAUAAACAUGCUGGUGAAAUAGCUAGUAUGGCAUUACGCCUUGUUGCAUACCUUAAGACCUUCAAGGUCAGUCAUAUGCAAGGCACAACGCUACAAUUUAGAAUUGGAAUUCAUACUGGUAGGUAUAUAAUGAAACAAGAAUAAAUAAUGUUUUCCAAUCUAUUUAUGAAAGAAACUGGCGGUAGGUUGACUAAGUAAAAUUCUUAGCCCCUCACGAGAAAUCAUCAUUAUCAUCAUUUUCAUGGUCAUCUUUUAUAUUACUGUAAUCAUUAUUAUUUAUAUUAUUAUAAUCAUUAUUGCAGUGAAUGCCUUCUUAGGAAAGUCUUCAUCAUUCCUUACCAGCUCUCUAUCUGUGUUCCUUUCCAGGCCCUUGUGUUGCAGGAGUUGUGGGUCUUAAGAAGCCUCGUUUCGACAUAUUUGGCGAAUCAGUUGACAUCACAAGACAGAUGGAGGAAACUGGAACUGGUAUCGUAAUGUCAAUUAUUUCUGUCCUUCAUAAUAAUACGUGUGAUUUACCGUUAAAACGUUGAAAGAAACCUUUGAAGCUUUCGUAAGGGUGCUCGAUUUAACGUUGUAAGGUACAAAUUUUGAGCAAGAAUGUCCCUAUCUCUGCAGCUCAAAGAAUUCACGUUAGUUCCAUGUGCAAGUCUGUCCUGGAUGAGUUGGGUGGUUUUAGCGUGGAGGAGAGAGGCCUUAUUAACAUCAAGGUUAGUGUCAGAAUGCUUUUUAAAGACGCUCUCAAGACAACGGUAGCUGCCUCAUGCUUUAUCAAUAAGUUAUUCACCUGAUUGAUUGUUUUAAUGACCGUUUAUUUACUAAUUGACUAGCAGACUGGCUGGCUGGCUGGUUCUGAACGUGACUGACGGACUGACUGACUGAAAUGACUAACUGGUUGACUGUUGACUGACUGACUUACAAACUGGCUGGCUUAUAGACUGACAGACGCGGGCAUUCGAUGGGCAUGAAAAGUAUACAGGGCUACAAUGAAUGAGUAACAUUCUGGUCCUAAAUCAAUCGAUAUGUAAAUGAGAAAGGAUCGCAUGCAGCGGCUUUUCCCGUGCUUCUCACUGGCUAAAAUGUCAAGUUAAAGCGACGGUAAAUUUGUUGGAACGUUAGAGGAAUGGGAAGGGGGGAAUUAGCUGGAGUAACCUAGCCUCGUAACCAGACUUUCCAUGGCCAAGUGGUUGGAGAGUAACAGUUACACGGUAGGAUCUGGGUACGAGAUGGGGAGUAACCCCCACAAUUUGGAAGGCAAUGAGAGUCUUGAACAACAAAAGCUUUGUUAAUGUACCAUUCCCUGGCUGCUACAACGUCUACAGAAUUAAGUUCAACACGUUUUGAGCCUGAUGCUAAUUUAAAUAAAACACCACUGCUCAUUGACAAAGAAUGAACAAUCCUCUCCUGUAAAUGGGCCAAUCACAAUCACUACUAUGAGCUCUGAAGCUGCUAUCGUUGAUAUUUGCGAUAUAAGAAUCGGCUCAAAAACCGCCCGAUAGUCGCUUUCAAGAUAAUUUUGUGCUGGACGCGGGACAAACAUAGAUAGGUUCGUCAUAAAGACUCCGACUGUUUCAUCGCAGCAGACUGAAGAGAGUUCGCACCCUCCUUUAAAUGAAACUGCGAAGAUAAGGCAAGAAAUUGUCCCGAAUUAAGUUAGCUUUCAUAUGGACGGUGGUUGGUUGUUUUGUCUUCAUGUAAAAUGUUGGUCGAUCAUCUCAGAAAGUUUGUGCUAGAUAAGCAUAAUAAAAUAAUUAAAAAACAUAUUUUUUGAGGAAAUAAAUCAUAGUUUUAGAUCACUUUGAUUAACGCCUUGUACAACAAAAAACUGUUUCCUUCUCUGGGAAUCCAAUAGACAAUGAUAAUCGACGAGAGAAAAAUAACGUAGUUUUCUGUAUGAAGGACAUCUCUUGCCGCAUAAUAUGCCGGGAAAAUGCCGCACUGAUAAUUUCGCUUUUUUCCUUGCCCUAUCAGAAAUUCUGGCUAGAAUUUAUAAAAAUUAACAGAGCACUUUCAGCCAAUUAAGAGAGUGUCUCUGUAAGAGCGGUCCGGUCGAUUUUGCUUGGGACACGGAUUUCGCUCGUUUCUCGUGUGUUGUAAGACAUUCACGUUCCUAUACUAAAACCACAAUCAGUUUGAUCGGAUCUCUUUAUUUUUAAGAGUUUUACGGAAAUUAAAUUUCACUCGAGCGAAGGCUUGUCGUGACACUUUUCAAGACUUUAAUUUCAUACAACUUUGGAGGACAAUUUACAAAAAACUACGGAACUCAGCAAAAAACAAAUACCACAGCCAUGUAUAUUAACUCUAUCUUAUUUAUCGAGGCGACUUUCGUAAACAUCACGUAUCAAUCAAGGAAACAGGAAGACUUGAAUGACACCUUAUCGGUUCGCCUAAAUCAAGACGCCAAAACCGAUCAAAUUCAAGGUAAAUUUUUGAAAAAGUGAGGCGUUCUUAACUGAUCCAACUAACAUAGCUAGGAAGUAGGUACCAUAGAAAAGGUAACUACAGAAAAAAACUUUGCGGCCCGACCUUUACGAGAACUUUAUAACUCCGUGAACUUACCUAAUUUUCGGCAAUCUCCAAGUUUGGCCGCCGAGACACUCUCUUAAAGCAGGUUACUAUGAAAAAGCUCUUGCGCUUCAAAAGCAAUAUGCUCACUUACUGAAAUGGCAUAUUGUGUUAAAGUUUCAUUGAAUACAUAAUGAGAUUUAGCAACUUGAAACUACUACCUUUGGAAGCAUCUGGUCCCGACACCAUCAUGAAAUAAAAUUCACGUUUGUUUUCGUAGUUUCGAUAUCUUUACAAAGGAAGGUGGGUGAGAGUAUAUUUCGAGCAAAUAUUAGUAGAGGUCGUAGAGAUCUGUCAGAUCUUUAUGGUCUCAAUUGAGUUGCUCUCCGUUAAAUUUCUUCAUACAGAUUCGAAACCCGAAACAUUUGCGUCAAGAAGGCAUCGAAAAAAGUGGUUAUAUGCCGGCCAAAUAUUCACCUUUAAAAACUUAAUAAGGAAUACUUUAUCUAGGUCUGAGUAUAAUUAAAACCAUGUCAGUUUUCAUUACGUGAGAUGGUAAGUUGGCAAAAAUAGAAAAUUACCAAACUGCGGCGAAAGUUUGUGUGAAAAUUGUUAUUCUGUGGAAGCGCUGCGGGUGGUAUUACGUGCGUAGACAUAUUGACAUAAGUUAUUGCACCCAAUUAAAGCAGAGUCUUUGCGAAGUCUCUCGUGCAGGUGACAUGUCUCAAAAAUGACCAAGGAAGUGAAAGUGAUCAUGCUCUUGAAAAAAUUUUGUCUGCACUUUCGCACGAGGUAAUUUGAUGCAACGACACACCAGUAAGGUGUGCAUGAUUAUUCGUACCAGCAGUCUACUCUCACGAGGAGUAUAAUUAUAUCAAUAACUGAGCUAUUUCAAAAUGUGAUGAGAACAAAAAAGUGGCAUAGAGGCACAGCCGGGCGUGUCACUGUUGUUUUUACGACAUUUUGACGUGUCAUGUGAUGUUAUGCUGAGUAUAUAGACAAACGGCAACAUGGAAUCUAUUUGUUUUAUAUUUUACAUCAAAACAGGUAAGAAACUGUCAAAAUGCGUGCGUAAUGCAGCCUAUUAUCUCAGAUUAUUUACCUUAUAACAGGUGUCUUAAAGGAAGUAGAAUCAGAUCACGCAUCUCAAAGUAUAUAAAUAAGGAGGUUCUCGCCUUAAAUAAAGUUAUGAGAGCUGUUAGCCGACUAAGAUAAUGUCGACAAAACUUAACUCAACUUUGAAUGGAACACAGGCAUCACUGACAUGGUCGACUCUGAGCUGCGGUUUCAAUCCCACGGCAGAAAAGAUUGGUAAAACCUUUGCCUACUGUCUGAUAUUUUUAGUUUCUUUGGUCGGAAAUUCCUUGAUUGGAAUAGUUGUCUACAAGACAAAAACCCUGAGAAGGCCCAUAAACUUUUUAAUUGUUAACAUGGCCUUGUCCGAUCUGUUGUUUCCUAUUUUCCUGUUUCCUCGGGAUUUAGUUCGGUUAUACGCAGGCUCCUGGUUGGUCAGCGGUCCUCUUGGGCAAACUUUGUGUAAACUGCGACCUUUUUUAUUAGAAAUUUUUACUUCCGUUUCAAUUCAAAGCCUGGUUCUGAUAGCAGUAGAUCGAUUUGGAGCUGUUCUAUUUCCCCUCCGUUCCCCGCCCAUUAGGGCAAAGCGAUGCCGGUUCCUUAUUCCCUGUAUGUGGAUCAUCGCCGUGGCAGCCUGGUGCCCAGACCUAUUCGCUUAUAAACUCGUAGAGUCUCCCAGUGGGCUGGCUUGUAAACUGCGGUGGAAAGACACAUUUGGAAAAUCUUCGUCUUCCCAAAACCACGAUGCAGCAAUGAUCGCUGUUUUCUGGUACGUUCCGUUGGUCCUCAUCGCCAUACUGUACUUUGCAAUUGCCAUAAAGAUCAAGUCCCAGAAGAUUCCGGGCGUGCAAUUGGAGAACGCAAGAGAAAAACGUUUGAGGAGAGAGAGAGGUGUUCUGAAGUUAUCCAUUGCCAUCGUGACAACGUUUGCAGUAUGCUGGCUGCCACUCAGUAUCUAUGUAUUGCUGAUUCUUUAUUCAUCUGACGGUCUCAAUAUCAUGUCAACCUGUGCUUUCCGAUAUUUCGCAACUGUAGCUUUUUUUCUAGCUCGCUCUUAUUGUGGUAUAAACCCGUGUGUUUGUUUCAUUUUCAGUCAAAAUUAUCGUCAAGGUCUCAAGAAUCUCUUCGGCCGCUUCAGGGUUAAUAAAAACGUAUCGUAAUUGCGCUCCGGCCUGUUCUAUGUUGUUUUAUAAUUGAUUUUCAGAUUAGAACUCAUUUAGAAUCUGAGAGCUAGAUUGAAAUGAAAUCCUUUCUUAGAAUCAUCAAAACGAAUUUUGUUCAAAUGAUCGUUCGCAGGCUGUUUGUGACAACAAAUAGUUAUAAAUCAAGACCUGACCAAGCAGUGGUUCAGGGCGAAACUGAGAUCUAAAUUGUAAACAAUAUCCAUUUCAAACCUACUUUGUAAAACACCUUGAUUAUAGCUGUCAUUUAAAGCACGGAUAAAGUUUCAAUCAUUACGGGGUUUCUUUAGAAACUUUGUACAUCAAUGUAUACCUUUUCUGGACUGUGGCUGAACUAUCAUCUACUGUGUAAAUUUCUGGUUCAUGUAUUUUGUAGACUCUUCUUGGGUGCUUACAGAAGAAAUAAUAGAAAAGAAAGUUUAGAAACACUAAAAGAAACUUUUUGCCUCCAUGGUUCUUGAGUUGUUAUGCAAUAGAAAUAACUCGGGUUGGGGGGGGAGCCGCUAUUCUGACAUACCGCUUUCAUUAGAGAUCAAACAUUUUACAGAUCCACUCAUUCCUUGUAUAUUAAGAAAGAAUAUUAAAAAGUUGGACAAAAAAAAAAGAGAGAAAUGAAUGGAUAAAAGCAGACCAUACAAAGUGGGGGAUUAUUGGUACAGGAAUUAGGGUAAAUUCUGUACCAUGUUAAGAAUAGCACUCAAGAACCAGAAAAAGAACUGCUUAAAGACUCUUACCUACUCAACCCUAAAAGAGCACUUAUUUUCUCGCCACGAUUUCUAGACGAGGGAGGAAAUAAGAAAGUUCCAUACCAUGUUAAAUAGGGUACUCAAGACCCAGAAAGAACCUGCUCAAAGGCCUGUACUUGCUCAAGGCCAAAACAGUACUUUUCCCCCCUUCACGGCCUCUAGACGAGAGAGGAGGUGUAAGUUAGGUGGGUUAAUAAUAUUUGUUAACUGGUAACGAGCACUGAAUUUUUCUUCUGGUCGAAGGUGGCUAACCUUGGGUGCUUUAUGCAAUUUAAAUCUGGCUUUCAAUCUCUUUCUACUUCCUUUUUGAAAAGUAACUUACCCAAUUAGUUUAUUUUGCCUGAGAUUUUACGUUGUGGUUUUUGUUUAGGAAGUAGGGAGAGGAUAUUAUUUGGUUUAGAAAGUGACUAACCCCCUGUAUGGCUUACUGAUUGACCAAGUGACGGAUAGAAUAACUUAUAGACUGACUGACUGAUUAGCUGACUUGCUGACGGACUAACUGACUCGCUUUCUAUUUAAAUAUGUUUCUGAGUUACUUACUAAACAACUAACUGGCCGGCUGCCUGACUAACUGAUUGCCUACUGAUUGACUAACUGACGGAUUGACAGACGGAUUGCUUACUGAUUGACAGAGCAAUUUACUUACUGGUUGACUGACUGACUGACUGGCUGACAGACCAACUGACCUACCAGUUGACUGACCGACUGGCGGGCUGUUAGGCUAACUGACUUACUAGUUGAAUGACUGCUGGCUGACAGACUAACUGACUUACUAGUUGAAUGACUGACCGACAGACUGACUGACCGACUGACCGGCUGACAGACUUACUGACUUACUAGUUGACUGACUGACUGACUGGUUAACAGACCAACUGACUUACUGUUUGACUGACCGAAUGGCGAGCUGACAAACUAACUGACUCACUAGUCGGCUGACUGACUGUCUGACUAACUGACUGGCUGACAGACUAACUGACUUACUAGUAGAACGACUGGCUGGCUGACAUUAGCAGCAAACCUGUUGACCUACCAAGCCCCAUUUUUGCACCAGUUUACCAUUUCUUGUGUUGUUUGUUUGCUGUUGUUUCUUCGAUUUUAGUGAUUUUCAUGAAGGAUUAUGACCAUUUUUCGCCUUAACUUUGUCUUAUUUUUGCGAUAGGGACUCGGUGAAACGAUGACAUACUAUCUGACGGGAAAAGUUGUCGAAGUCGCCAGGACGCCCAGUCUACAGUAAUAUAUACAAUCUUUAACCUCUUCAUUGCUAACUCGG